UAGUUCUCUGGCAUCACAAUAGAGAGCCCACCUGAGGGAGAAGUAAAGAAGGAUCAAAUCAGAACGAUGGACAAAGAUCCGACAAUCACGGUUGAUAUGAACCCAGAUGUGAAAGUGUUGUUGUCAAAGAUACACGCACUUACAACAACUCGAUACAAAAAUUUCGAAAAGCUUAGAGAACUUGAUGUUUUGAGGGAGGAAGCUCAUGUUAAAUAUCGUAUUUUGAUUGAAGAUAACAUGGCCAAUUUCAAAAAGGAAUUCCCAAAUGCUUCAAGAGCUUUGUGGGCUGAAUUUCAGAAGGUGGCUUUUGAAAAUACCAUUCUUGACGACUUGAACGCUGCGCGCAAGAAACAAGAGAUCGUUUACACGGCCUCCCGUGAUAAGCUAGAAGAGAUGUACAAGACCUUCAACAACCUCUUCCCGCAAUACAUUCCUCAAGACAUUCAAAAUCGUAAGAUCGUCAGUUUCCCUGGUACUGAUUCCGAGAGGGUAGUAGCAUUCUUCCGAACUUGUUCGCCUGAGGAUGUUGCCAGGGAAAUAUUUACACACAAGGCAUUGCCGGGCUUCAAAAUCUAUAGCUGCGAGAAGAGCUUCAAUAGAGACGACCUUCCGCCAUCUUACAGAGCGAAGUUCGAGCGUGCACGACAAUUCCCUGAUGACCCGGAUCACCUCAUCUCAUAUGAUACCCCAGGAGUCACUGAGAAAAUGCGAAAACCACAACGAAGAAAAGCAAAGGACAUUUUUACUACUACCUUGGAGACUGUCUGGGUUUACAAUUCAGAUGUCAAGAAGUAUGAGCGGCAUAUUCAUCAGCAGGUUUUCCACAAAUACUCAAAGGACGAGGUCAAUGGCUUAAGAAGGAGAUUGAUGAUCUAUGUGGAGAUUUCAAUUGUUGAUGUUGAAUAAUUGAGUACAUCUAAUUCAGACGAAGGAAGGCUCAGGGAGGACAACGUUUCAUUCUAUUUUCCGACAUUUCAGUACAGUACAGAUAAUGACACCAUACAAAGUUAAACGAAUACGCAGUACUAGAGGCAGAAUUUCUGACAGUCUUUUUUUGUCAGGAUGUCGACCACCCUGCAUCGCAUAUGAAGACACUGUUUGGGACAAAUCUCGCCUUACUACUGGUUGUCAUUUUUUUCCACAAAUGUUUUAGGGGUUAUCUUGUUUUUGGGGGCAAAGCAUGGCUUGCACAAUACCGCACAUUUGUAUUUUUCUACUUGCAGUUAUCUAGCAAUACUAAAAGAUUGAAAAAAAAAAA